AUGGAGGAGCUGAUGUCCAACUGUGUUUGUGUUCCCUUCUACCUGUUCCACUGUUACACCAACAAGAAGACAGAUGUACUGGAUGACUUCUUUGGAAAGACAACCCUGGAUGUGUUCCUGAUGAAAGCCAUGGAGAAAUCCCUUUCAAAUCGUGGCCUCAUCUCUGAAGUCCAACCCCUCCCAUCUGACACACCUGGACCUGAGUUGGAACGACCUGACGGAUUCAGGAGUGAAGACACUGUGUGCUGGACUGGAGGUCCAAACUGUAGACUGCAGACUCUGAGAUUGAGGCGCUGCAGUUUGUCAGAGAUCAGCUGUGCUUCUCUGGCCUCAGCUCUGAAGUCCAACCCCUCCCAUCUGACAGAGCUGGACCUGAGACUCAACUACCUGCAGGAUUCAGCAGUGAAGCCUCUGUGUGCUUUUCUGGAGAGUCCACACUGCAGUCUGCAGACUCUGAGGUGGAAGUGGUGA